AUGGCUGCCGGACCAAAAGUAUUUAAGAAGACUUGUCCCAAUGAGAAGUUAUCCAUCUACCUAGGAAAGCGAGACUUUGUGGAUCAUGUGGAAUCUGUGGAACCUGUUGAUGGAGUGGUUUUGCUGGACCCGGAAACCGUGAAUAACAGGAAAGUCUAUGUGACCCUCACAUGUGCGUUCCGGUACGGUCGAGAUGACCUGGAUGUCAUUGGGUUGACCUUCAGGAAGGAUCUCUAUCUCCUCACAACUCAGCUUUACCCACCAGUGCCGGACCAGGUUCCGAAGACCCUCACACCCUUACAGGACAAGUUGAUCAAGAAGUUGGGAGAACAUGCUUACCCUUUCACCUUUGAGAUGGCGACCAACCUGCCCUGUUCAAUCACACUGCAGCCGGGACCAGAUGAUGCUGGAAAGUCCUGCGGUGUGGACUUUGAGGUGAAAGCAUUUUGUGCUCAAGACGUGGAAGAGAAAAUUCAUAAGAAGAACUCGGUGCGGCUGGUGAUCCGGAAGGUGCAGUUUGCCCCCUCCCUCACGGGCCUCGCACCCAAAAUUCAAAUAAACAGGCAGUUCAUGAUGUCAGACAAGCCCCUGCACCUCGAGGCAUCUAUGGAUAAGGAGAUUUAUUACCAUGGGGACCCAAUUGGAAUUAAUGUGGACAUAAACAAUACCACCAGCAAGAUUGUAAAGAAAAUUAAAAUAACAGUCGAACAGCUGACCGACGUGGUUCUCUUUUCCCUGGAUAACUAUACCAAGACAGUCUGCUCAGAGGAGUUUGUGGAGAACGUGGCUGCAAACUCCACUUUCUCCAAAACAUUUGAGGUGACUCCCCUGUUGAGCAAGAAUCGCGAGAAGCGUGGCUUGGCUCUGGAUGGCAAACUCAAGCACGGGGACACCAACCUGGCUUCCACCACCAUUCUGAGGCCUGGGAUGGACAAAGAGGUUCUGGGCAUCCUGGUUUCCUACAAAGUGAAAGUCAUGUUGGUGGUAUCGAGAGGAGGCAUCCUGGGAGACCUCACCUCAAGUGACGUCUCUGUUGAGAUGCCGGUUAUUCUGAUGCACCCUAAGCCUCCCGAAAGUGAUGAUGACAUUAUGGUUGAAGAAUUUGCCCGCCAGAAACUUGGAGGAGAAGGGGAAAGUGAGGACGAGCAGGAGGAAGGAGGAGAAAAAAGCUAA